AUGGAAUUAGAAGCUUCAUCAUUUCGUGAUGAUCCUAGACAGCCUUGUGGUCAAGCUUUUAAGAAAAUGCAGGCAUUGUUUGAGAAGUGCGAUAUGAAUUUUCGACUGUUAUUUAUAAGUCAGAUCAAGCUGGCGUAUGUGAAAUUGGCCAUGAAGUAUAUGAAGAGAGUGUCUGUAGAGCUCGAAUUUGUUGGUGGUGUUCUUGAAGAAGAAGAGCUUAUAAUUCAAGGCGUUAAGUUUGCAUUCCGAGUACAUCAGGUGUUUAUAACUGCAUAUGCAGGCACAGAAGGAUCUGCUUGGGAGAUUUAA